AUGUCUUUUCCGAACGACCGUCGCCGCGGCGGAGCCGGCGCUGGCUUCAGCUCAUCCGGCUCACGAACCGCCCUGGGGUACUGGCUCCCCCUAGCUUUGACAGCUGGAGUCGCAACUGUCAGCAUCGCUGCUUGGAUCUGGAGUGAACGAAAUGACGAAGACGACGAAGACGACCGCCCCCACGACGGCGGGGGCCGCCCUUACCAGCCCUCAGCCCCGGGUAGUGAAUAUCCUCCGCCAUCGUAUACUACUGGAGACUAUGCCCGAAGCGCAGGCCCUGAAACCCUGCCUGGAGAUCCUUCAUAUGACCAUGGGAUGAUGGCCCGCAUGCAAGGUGCUUUGCGUCGCACGCCUAGUCCUCAACAGAUAUUCGACGGCGCUAGCAAGAGAGUUGUAGCUGGUGUCACUGCCGCUGGAGCUUUUGUCGGCGGUGCUCUUACUUCCAUUCGCGAAGAUAACAAGGGCGAGGGCGACUUUGAAGAUCAUUCCAGGUGGUCCGAGGAGGCCCGAGCAAGAGCUCACGAGAGAAGUCAACAACAAGGCGCAGUCGCCCCAACUAUGAGUGGUGGACUGCCUAGCCGCGGCGCCAAUUCAUCCGAGAAAAAGAAGAAGACCGUUGUUAUCAUUGUCUCAUCAGACUCAUCGGCCGACUCAGAUGAGUUUACUUCCGAGCACGCAUCCAUUUUGUCUCAUCUCCCUGAACAUGUUGAUCUGGAAACAUCAAAGAUCUUUGUGUUGAUCUAUGCACCGGACCAGAAGCGCGCUAUCGUCAAAGGUGGCUCAUCACGUCCCACUGCUUCCAUCACUUCUUCGUACUCCAACAUUGCUACCGAGGAAGCAGCAUCGGCCGAGGACCUGAACACUGGGGCAUUGACCUCGGUGGAGCCUCGCCAGGAUGACGAAAUGGAGGGUACAUCUCGCUAUUUCCGAACUCUAUACACCCAGGCUCAAACCUUGGUUGAAAAGGACACCAUGAUUAUGCCAUUCAGCACAGUCGGUGGCUUCGUGCAUCUUGUGCGCCACCUUUCCCCAGAGCUUGUGUACGUCCAGGAGUCUUUAACUGGAGAUAACGGUGAAGCUGUGCAGCAUAUCGCUGGCUGGGUUCGUCAAGUCAUUGUCGUUGUUGGAGACGAGGGUGGCCGCGGCGGACUCAUUGACAGCGAUGAUGAGUCGGCACUUGGUGAGAAGGGAGAGAGAUGGUGGCAAAAAGAAGGCACCAUCGGAAUCGGAAAGCGUAUCGAUGUAGUCGACGUGGUCCGGGUUGGAGAUGACUGGCGACGACGGGUGCGUGGUUUGGACUAA